AUGAGUGAGACAAAAAUGGCAGUGCAGAUGUUUCAGACAAAAAUAUGUUUACACUAUUUCACUCUCUUGUGACUGAAAAUCUACAGCCACCGCCUUCCAGUUUAUGAAUUGUUUCUCUGGAUAUAUUGCUGGGCUAUCCUGAAAUGUGUCAGCCAGACUGAAGUCCUAAACUUCACAGUGGGAGAAAUGUUACCCAAAUUACUCAUUUGAAAGUCUGGCGCUUCCACCAACACACAAUGCCAAAUAUUUAAUGCUUCACCCUUUAAGCUCCUGCCUACCCUGUGGCUUCCCUUACAUUUUCCUUGUUUGUCUUCAGUUGCUGCUCUUUGGGCUCUUCCCCUUUUAAUUAGAAUUGGAUUAUACCUUCUUCAUGGUUGAUUUUCAGAGACAAGAGGAGCAGUUUGGGGUCAGUGUUGCCAAGAUUAAUAACCAUUGUGGUGCUGUGCUAUAUCCAGUACGCUAACUGCCUGCAAAUAUCCUAUCAAGCUGCACUUUUAAGUCUUUAGCUAGGCAUGCAAUUUAUUUUAGAAAUAAGUAGCAGCAUUUCUAAUAUGCUUCUAAUGCUUUACCCUUUCCUUUACCCUUUCAUCAGCAAAAUGUUCUCAGGUUUUGGGUUGUUGUUGUUGUUGUUUUGUAUUACCAAGAGUCUGGUGCUUCUUGUGGUGCUAGAAGUUCAGAAGAGGAACAGAAAUGGCUGCUGGAGAGAACUAAGGAGAACUACGUACUGGGCUGUACACAAUAUUUUGCAAAAAGAGUUAAAAUUGCCCAACAUUUUCAGAAAGCCACAUGUACUCUUCUUAGAUACUGCCUGCUUUCCUUUGUUGGUGUCAGGGCCGUCUUAAGCAUAUCUGGUGCCGUGGUGCAAAGAUCACUCUGGCGCCCCCCCCUUCCCAUAGACCUUUUUUAAGGGCUGGAUGAGGCGGGCAGCGGCUGGAGGAUGGCUCCUCUGGCGGGGAAGAGGUGGAGGCUGGACGGGGCACCUCCCAGCUCAGCUGGCCACUUCAUGCCACAGUGGCCACAGCAGGCAGCACGCCGAAUGAACAGGCCUGUGCCAAGCAUGUUAGGGCGCAUGCGUUGCUCCUGCUGAGUGUCGGCUCAGUUUUUUCCCUUUUAGCCUUCUGGCGCCCCACAAAAUUCGGCGUCUGCAGGCUAAAAGGGAAAAAACCGAGCCGACACUUGGUGGGAGUGGCGCACGCACCCUCGCUCGCUCAGCGCACUCGUUCGGUGUUCCCCGGACUCUCGCCUGGCACCCUCCAGAACGUGGUGCCCUGGUGCCCUGCGCCACUAGCCUCUAUGGGUAAGACGGGCCUGGUUGGUGUUGUUCAAACUCUAAAUUUGAAAGGGGGAAUGUUUAAUAAAAGAUGAGUAUAUAUUUUUUUAUUUUGAAGUAAGUUGAUUUGUGCACAACAGGGGGUGGGGGUGGGGAGAAUACAAAAUAGAUAAGAGAUCUGUUUUGUAAAGACCAUCCAAUUAACUGAUCUGAUUACCACUGAAUUAAAAAUGGUCCCACGGUACAGUCUGUGAUGCUGUUGCUUUGCUAAAGUUAGAAUGGAUGGUAACUGCCUGGGAACCACAUGCCAUCUUUGAAGGAAGAAACAUAGGUAGCUAGAUUAUUAUUUUUUAAAAAUAGAGAUUAAGGAUGCAGUUGUAUUCUAGAGAAAUGCAUUAGUGCACAGGAUAUGAUUUGAUGGAAGACCCGCUAUGCUGGAUAUACUGAGGCCACGUCAGGUUUGUUGGCAGGACAGUUCAGAAGUGCCGGAGGAACAUUCCACCCAUGGAACUGUUCUGCCAGUGAAGAUAUACUAGCAGAACAGCUGAAAUGGGUGGCACCAGGGAGGCACACACUUACUCCAAAUCUUAUAUUCUUUCAGGCUACAGCUGUGUCCCCACUGACAAUGCUGCUAUAUAAGGAAUUACCCACCCAUUGACUCCACUUGCUUAAACAGAUGAAACAUUUGACCAUAAAUUGUGAGAGUUAAAGGUGUUCUGUGUACGUCACAGAAUAAUAGUGCUUCAGGCUCUCCUACUCUUAAGUGGUGAAAACUUUACAGGGCAAGUGUCUUUUGAAGGAAAUAGUACUGAUUAUCCACUAUUUUUUCCAGGCCAUGGUUGGACUACUGAACUAGAUGAGCCGUUGAUCUAAUAAGCAAGUCUUUUGUUCUUACUUGUGACUUGCAGUGUCUUUGUAGUGAUUACGUACAAAGGUACAUGUCGAUCAGGCAUUUAUAAGGACAUAGAAGCAAGCACACAGGCAGGAAGUGCCAGUCCUAAAGUUAUACAGUGGUACCUUGCAAGACGAAAAACUCGCAAAACGAAAGGGUUUUUUGUUUUUUGAGUUGCUUCGCAAGACGAUUUUCCCUAUGGGCUUGCUUCGCAAGACGGAAACGUCUUGCAAGUUUGUUUCCUUUUUCUUAAAACCGUUAAUACAGUUGCGACUUGACUUCGAGGAGCAACUCAUAGAACGCGGUGUGGUAGCCUUUUUUGAGGUUUUUGAAGACUUUGGUGAUUUUUGAAGCUUUUCAAAAACUUUUCCUUUUUUUUUUUAAUGAUAUUUAUUAAAAUUUUCAAAGGAUACAAAAAUUACACAAGAACAAAAAGUAAAAGUACAAAAGAUAAAAAUACAGAAAAAAUAGAAAAUACAGAAAAAAGAAUAAAGAAAAAACAAAACAAGUUCAUUAUUUUCGGACCCUUAACUGUCAUUACCUUCUUUCUUAGACCUCCUCCUCCUCCCUUCCUUUGUAUUCUAGUUAUUAAUUAUCCCAGCAAAUCCUUUCCCCAUGUUUCAUAAAAUUCUAUCAUUACCUUACCCUCGACUAAUUUAAUCCUAUCUUUCUAUAAUAAAGUAAACCUUAAAGUUUAAAACUUAAGUCUUAACCUUACCAGCUUCUUAUGAUCAUAAUAAUAAUAUUCUUUCAUAAUUCUUUAUGCAUCUUUACUAAAGCCAGGUAAUUUCUUCCAACAUUUUUCUAUCAUUCAUCAACUUUGUAAAACAUUCUGAUAAUAAAAAAGAAAAAGAAAGAUAUAAACAAGUCCAAUCUUUAUCCAACGUCCCUUUCUCCUGGUUCCAGGAUUUGUCAGUCCUUAUUAACCCGGCAACCUUAUGUCCGAGGCCCUCAAGUCACUUCCAUGGCCCUUCCGCAGCUUGUAAUUUCCCUUGUCUUCUCGUGAUAACUCCAGCUUGACAAUGUCUCUUGCUCGUGGUAACUCCAGCUUAGUAAUGUUUUUAACCCUUCUCGUCAGAUCAGACCCUUUUCCAUAUUCAUCGCUGCAUUCCAUGUAAUAUUUAAAAGCAUGUUUCAAGGGCCCUCCAAAGUUAAGAGCCCCCACAGUCCCAAUCAUAUCGCAGCCCAUUGCCAUAUUUAAAAAGUCCAGACAUCCCAGCAUAGGGGGGUCAAUCCAGCCCCCCAUUUCCAAGCCACACCGAACUUUCCCUUUCCAAAUCUGGCUUUUUCCAAGUUCAUUUGUCCAAUCCGAAGGAUCAUACUCCUGUUGGGUCUGUUCUGUCAAAACACACUGCUGGUUUAAUGCCACAAACUCCUGUUCUGUCAAAACACACUCCUGGUUUGAAUCCUGGGUAGGCUCCACAUGUUUUACCACAGUCUGAUCAAGACAUUCCACUGCCUGUUUAAGAUUUCUAGUCGAAAUGACCAUCCAGUUCACCUUAUCAUGUAGUUCUUCCAGUAGAGCAUUUGUUUUGUAAAGAACGCGCACCAAGAUUUCUGAAAACAUUGCUCUGCACAAUCAAACACUUUCCCACGGUUAUUUUGUAACCGAUGUCAAUUCCUUGGAGUUAGUUACAGUUUCAAAAGCUCCCCCUAGGGGGAAAACUUAUAUUUGUUUUUGCUACAAAGUUUCCCCUUUUUUCCCCAAAAUACAUAGGAUACUUUGUCCAUAUAUAUUCCUUUAGAGUGCGAAAGGGAACAGUAAAAUCACCAAAUUUCUCUUCUUUUAGCUGUCUGUCAAAAAACAAUUAUCUUGGUAAACUCACGUCAGUCCUGACACCCCCGCUCCAGGAUCAGGACGGAGGAAAAUAACUUCCUUUUGCAGUUACUUCAAAUAGUCCCAAAAAAAAAUAUUCCCAAUUUAAAAUGUUGAAAUCAUUCUUUUAAAAACGAUUUUCUGAGCUCUAGUGUGAAUUGCCUUUGCUUUGUUCUAUUUACAAAAGAACAGAAGGGUGACUUCCUGUUUAGCCCUUCCCGCUCCGUACCAAAUUCAGUAGAUUUUUUUUUUUUUAAGUCCAAUUCUGUCCUUUUCACAAAUCUUUAUUUAAUAUCCCAUUUGUUCAGAUUCUAAGUACUCACGGGUGUUUGUUUUAAAGUCCAAAUUGUCCCAGGUAAGAAGACAGCGCUCUCCGGCAGCAGCUAUGCGGCUUUGCUCCACGGAAAUAGCGAUUGACUCACAGCACCACGCCGCUUCCCCCUCCUCACUUCGGAGCCCGUUAGUGGGUUCCUUAGCGGAUUGGGGGGGCGCUAAGGGUGCCCGCCGAGUCCCACGGUCACAGGCUUCAUCCGCCUGUGAUUUUGAAGGGGUGCCCGCUUCGCCGUAGCGGAGUAGACCCUGUUUACCGCGGAGCCAGUCCCUCCAGUUCAGAGGGAGUCCGCCAUUGCCGGUGGCGCCACCCCGGAAGUCCCUUUUCAAAAACUUUUCCGAAGCCGUGCUUCGCAAGACGAAAAAAACCGCAAGACGAAAAAACUCGCGGAACGAAUUAAUUUCGUCUUGCGAGGCACCACUGUAUCUGCAAACCAAAAGUUUCAAUCAGCUAUGUCCUUCAAAACCGAAGCCGUUGGACAGGCCUCUUUGUUUGCACACCCUAGGCUCAGAACAUUUACACUUGUUCCAGUUCCAUCACCUUGCAGAUGGGUGUGGCUCACACUCCAUUCCAAGGCGACUUGACAGAAACUGCUGUCAAAUAGCACUGAUGAUUCAUCACCUGCUGUCAAGCAAUGUUAAAGGUGGCUGUUGCUGUACCUAACAAUAUGGUUGUGACAAAACGUGGGAAGGAACUCGUGGAUCAUCAAACCCAGGCCUCUGAAGUCACAUGAGGUAGGAAUUCCUACCUCAUGUAUUUUUGUUGGAAGAGCUAAAUGCGCUUCUAAAAGAGAGACAGUGUGGUGUGUGAUGUAGGACUAGGACUCGGGUUCAAAUCCGCAUGCAGCCUCAAACGCUUUCUGGGUGAUUGGAUUUCUAUCUAAAACCACAAUCUACUGCUUUCUAAAGAAGAGGAAAAAAGUUAACAUGAAGGAGCAGAGGCCCUGAUUUAUCUACCCACAUUUCUUGCAACAGAUAGCCUUCCUUAGAUGUAACUUUGGGAAUGACUUUAAUAGCUAUUUCCCUUUAUUCAUGGAGUCCUCCUAAUGUAGGGGUGGGGGAACCUGUGUCCAGUUUGUGACUGGUGCCCACUGGGGACAGCUGGUGCAGAAGGCAGGGAUACCAACUGUAAUGGAGCCAGAACCAAUGGCAAAGCAACUAAUUCUCAUUUUAUCCCCAAUUAGUUCCACAAGAGGGGGAGACUGAGGUUGUGCACACGCUAUACCAUUAAAGCACAUUCCAAGCACAUUCUUUCCCUCAAAGAAUUCUGGGCAGUGUACUUCAUUAAAGGUUGCUGGGAACUGUAGCUCUAUGAGAGUUAUACUACAGUGCCCAGAAUUCUUUGAGGGAAAGAAUGUGCUUUGAAUGUGUCUUAAAGGCAUAGUGGCCAUGCAGCCUUCGGGCAACAGACACACUUGAAUCCACUUCAGUUGUUCAAGCGUAAAGAUCUGUUAUGCCAGGGAACCUUUGGCCCUCCAAAUGUUACUGAACUACAACUCCCAUCAGCCCCAGCAAGCAUGAACAGUGGUCAGAGAGGAGGCCCACUAGCCACACUGACUAUGUUUUAUCUCUACUGUUGGAUGCAAUAAGCCCCUGGAUGCCAUUUGCUGGUAAUCACAGGUGAGCAGAGUACUGGCACACUCAGGCCCUACUGAUUGGCCCCCAUGGGAACAGGAUGCUGGACCAGAUGGGCUGUUGACCUCAUCCUGCCGGGCUGCUCUUAUGUUCUUAUGAGUUGUAGCUUAUCAACAUCUGGAGGGCCAAAGGUCCCCCACACCACUGAUAGGCACUUGAAUCAAUCUCACAAACUAAUGAGAGUCAAGAAUCACCCGCAAAAAUAUUAUUGGCACAAAAAGGGAAGCAAGAAGAAUCACCAAUGAAAGAAGAAUGGCAAAUGAAAUUAAUGGACUAUGCAGAAUUAGAUAAAUUAACAGGAAGGAUUUGAAACCUGCGGGAUCAGAGAUUCUUAGAGGACUGGAGUAAAUAUCUGAGCUAUUUGAAAAGCAAUUGUGAUAAACAGAUUACGCUAGUAGGACUGCAAGAAGUUCUGUAAGGAGGACUUUGUGAAACAUUGCAAGGAAGACUUUGAAAAGAAUUAUUAGUUAAGGACAAUUAAAAGUAAUGGAGAAAUUAAGAAAUGCAGAACAAGUGAUAAAGAAUGGAAAAUCUUCAGAGGUUGUUGACAGAAGUCUAAAAUAUUGUAUAAAAUAAGAAAUUAUGUAAAAUGAUUGUUGGUACUUAUAUGUGAUAUAUAUAUAUAUAUACACACACACACACACACACACACACAAACACAAACACAAACAUAUCGGUAAAAAGGUAAAGGGACCCCUGACCAUUAGGUCCAGUUGUGGCCGACUCUGGGGUUGUGGCACUCAUCUCGCUUUAUUGGCCGAAGGAGCUGGCGUAAAGCUUCCAGAUCAUGUGGCCAGCAUGACUAAGCCGCUUUUGGCGAACCAGAGCAGCGCACAGAAACGCCGUUUACCUUCCCACUGGACCGAUACCUAUUUAUCUACUUCCACUUUGACGUGCUUUCGAACUGCUAGGUUGGCAGGAGCAGGGACCGAGCAACGGGAGCUCACCCCAUCACAGGGAUCCAAACCGCCGACCUUCUGAUCGGCAAGUCCUAGGCUCUGUGGUUUAACCCACAGCGCCACCCUGAGGUUGGUGGGGCAGCAUCCAGUUCACCCUAAUGGCCCAGCCAUCAACUGCCAGCCUCAUCCAGCAUGGCCAAUGAGCAGAGAUGAUGGCAGUCAUAGUCCAAGAACGUGGGGGGAGACGGCACAAUUUCCCCACCCGAUUUGAAUGCUUGUUAGCGUGUUCUCUGAAAACUCAGUGAAAUUAAUAGUUCUAAUUUCAGCGCAGUCUAAGACAUAACUGGGAAAGGAGAUGGCAUUGUGUGCAGACUGGAGAAACUGCUAGUUAUACUUCCUGCCUGGAAGAAAAGGAGGGGGGGCGGGUAGAAAGAGAAAUCUCCAGGCAUUGCAUGAAUUUCUGAAGCUGCAGGAAUCUCCCAGGUGGUGCUCAGUCCUGUGCAAAGUUGGCUUGAAAGCCCAGAAAUUAGAAUCAAAUAAUACAGUCUUUUAUUUGCCUCCAUAGAAUACUGGCUUUUUCCUGACUUGCCCUCAAAGUAAACUCUAAACUGCCAUGACUUGCCCAACAAUCCUGCAGGUAUUUACACAGGCAGAUUGCCACACAUCGCCUUCCCUCUCUUUCUCCUUCCCCUUCCUUUUUUGAUAUUUUUAUUAUGACACUUAAUAAUGCAUUUUCCUUCUUCCUGCUCUUGACACAAGAAAACGUAUCACCCAUCAUUUCUGGGAAUGCUUGUAGCCACUUUAUGUGUUUAUUUAUUUAUCACAUUUGUACCACACCAUUUAUUCCCAAAUGAUCUCAAGAGUGGUUUACAAAGAUUGGUCCUAAAACAGUCUGAGGCUGUAUGCACUCUAUACUUUUAAAGCAUCUAUAGUCUGUUGCAGGGGGGAUUAUAAUUCUGUGCACCGAAUUCUUUGAGCAAAAUAAUGUACUUUGAAUGUGCUUUAAAGACGUAGUGUGUACACAGCAUCAAAGAAGAAUUCCUCCUCCCUUUAAAAAAUAGACUCUUGUGGGUUUGGAAAGUGAUCUAGAUUGUCUGUGGAUCACAUAGAAAAAAACAAGUGCAGUGGAAUCUUAGUUCUUGAACGGUUUAGUUGACGAUCAAAUCGGCUCCCGAACGCCGAAAACCCGGAAGUAAGUGUUCCAGUUUUUGAACGUUUUUGGACAGCUGAACAUCCAAUGCGGUUGUCGGCUAUUGUUUCCAGGCGCCUGCAUCAAUCAGAAACAGUGCCUUGGUUUUCAAACAUUUCAGGAGUCAAAUGGGCUUCUAAACCGGAUUUAUUUCGAGAACCAAGGUUCCACUGUACCUGCUCUACAUUGAUUCUAGAAUAAAAUGUCAUGCGUAUGCACUUGUUGAUAGCUGGGUCAGUAGAGCAUGAUACUCUUAAUCUCAGGGUAUUGGGUUCAAGCUCCACAUAGGGCAAGAGAUUCCUGCAUUGCAGGGGGUUGGACUACAUGAUCCUCAUGGUCCCUUCCAACGCUAUGAUUCUAUGAUUUACAACACACAACAACUUCAAAGCACAUUCAAAACACAUUAUUUCCCUAAAAUCAUUCUGGGCACUGUAAUUUACUGGUCACAGAGUUACAGUUCCCAGCAACCCUUAACAAACUACAGUGGCCAGAAUGUUUUGAAGGGGGGGAAAUGUGCUUCAAAGGUAUAGUAUUUACACAGCCUAAAAAUACAUGACGUAUGAGGAAAAUGGAAUGGGAGGGAGGAGGGGAAAAAACGAGUUCCUUAACCUACAGGUCACAUACUGCAGUUAUACUGGUGAAAUAAAAUUUACAUAAUAAAUAAAUACUAAUAAUAUUUUACUUUCUUGUAAUUUUAUUCUUCCUGCUUUUAUGACUGUUUUUAUUAUUACUUUGAACUUGUUGUUUGAAUAAAAAAUUACAUACAAUUUAUACAAUUGGAUAUAACUUUAUACACAUUCAUAUGAAUAGACAAGGCUUCCAAUAAAAACAGGCAGAGCACAUGGCACUUUUUUGAUAGCAAAAGUUAUGCUUUCUAUUCUUAAAAGUACAGUUCUUCGCAAAGUAAUUUAUUGGAUUUUGGAAAGGGGCUGCCCUCUUGUGGCAAACUUAAUCUCUAGCAAGUGAAUUCUUUGAACAAUUUUUCUCUUUAGACUUUUUUACAAAGUCAUUCUGAUAGGCAGAAUGCCCUCAAAUGCCUGGCUUGGCUGGGUUAUGGACUGUGCAACCCACUCACCCCAUUCUGCAAUAUCUCAAAACCUGGAAAUAAAUAUUGUGUAAGAAUAAUGGAAGCAUUUGAAUUGAACUUGUAUGGAUGCUGGUAGAAAGUGUUGAGCCCACUGAACAGGAAUUGGGAACCCGUGGUCCUCCAAGAGAGUGUUGGACUCCAACUUCCAUCAUCCCUCACCACUGGCCAUGUUAACUGGGGCUGAGGGGUGUUCGUGUGCAACAACAUUUGGUGGGCCACAGGAUGUUAUAGAAACAACACAUUUUUUUCUACAUAAGGCAUAUUUGAUCAUACUCCUGAUCAUAUCUGGGCCCUUGGCUUUUAGAAGCUAAAGAGGCAGGCCUUCUUUAUUCCAAGAGUGGCCAUUUAGACUAGGUAUAUGGCAAACAAAAGACAAAUAUGGUUGGUAUGAUGUCCAGAAGAUACUAUUGAAGUAGCUUGGCUUUUGCAGCUGGUGCAAUUUCCAGUAAGACUGAAUCACAGAGCUUUUCUGCAUAUGUGCCAACUAAAAUAGCCCUUAUUUCUCAAUCCUGCACCUUGAUGUCAGGAACCAUCAUCAAACAAAAUGUGGUUAUAAUAUCUUAAGAGGGGUCCAAAUGCACAGCAAACAAACAACUUUCAACUAUAUAUGUAGAGUAGAUUUCAUUUAUAUCUCACCAUUCCUCCAAGAAGCUCAAGAUGGCAUAUUAUGUCCCCACUCUUCCCUAUUUCAUCUCCUCAACAACCCUGUGAGAUAGGUUGGGCGGAGAGCUUCAUGGCUGUUUGGGGAUUUGAACCCUGGUCUCCCAGGUUCUAUCAUUUGCGAGAGGCAGCAAAAUGCAUUGGGAUAGCCUUGAUUCCCUACACCUGCUGAAAUUCCCUCUUCUACACCACCCUUAAGGCUACAGGAACCCUGUUCCCUUUUUCAAAGGCCAGCACCAGCUAAGACAGUCAUGAAUAUUCCUGUUUUCUGCUACAAAAUACUGGCGAAGCGUAUUUACAGGCAUUUUAUUCAGCAUUAGGGCAAAGGAAAAACAUGUCUGCUCCCCUUCAUGUCCAAGCAAAAGGCAUAAGGCAAAAGCCAUAAACACAAUGGAAGUUCCCAGCAAGCGGUGCUGGAAUGUAAACAGACAUGUGACAUACAACAGCUCCACACAUCUGUUUAGGUGGAACAGAACAUCGCUAUCCUAACAGGCAACCCACACACCCCAAAUGUGACAAUUCUUAUCCACUGUCUGCCCAGUGUUCUUGCUUGUUGCCGCUGACACUAAGCGAGAAAGGACAGGUCCAAAAAAUAAGGCAAGGGGCAUAGGGGAGGUUAGGGAACAAGGCUUUGGAGAAUAAUUCCAACCAGUCCAGGGGUUACAACUACAGGACAGGAGCAAGUCCCAGCUUUCCCUCCUCCCACCCCAUCUCUUAAGGGUGACCUUUAAUGUUCAGUCCUUCCAUGCAGCAUGCUCAGCCCACAUCAUGCUCCUCUGGUUUUUUCUUUCCUUAAUUUACAAAUGAAUUGUUUUCCUGCCUACCUGUAAAGGUAAAGGGUAAAGGGACCCCUGACCAUUAGGUCCAGUCGUGGCCGACUCUGGGGUUGUGGUGCUCAUCUUGCUUUAUUGGCCGAGGGAGCCGGUGUACAACUUCCAGGUCAUGUGGUCAGCAUGACUAAGCCGCUUCUGGCAAACCAGAGCAGCGCACGGAAACACCGUUUACCUUCCCGCCAGAGCGGUACCUAUUUAUCUACUUGCAUUUUGAGGUGCUUUCGAACUGCUAGGUUGGCAGGAGCAGGGACCGAGCAACAGGAGCUCACCCCAUCCCGGGGAUUCGAACCGCCAACCUUCUGAUCAGCAAGUCCUAGGCUCUGUGGUUUAACCCACAGCGCCACCCGCGUCCCAAAUUUGGGGACUGUAGAGUCCCCAAAUUGUGCAGAAACCACCUGUGUUAUCUGUAGGCAGCGUCAUUUGUCUGCUUAGCUGAUGGGUGCUGACUACAGAGUUCAGCAUUGAAAGGAAGAAGUGUGUUGGGCAGGGGCAGGGGGCAAAAUAUUUUGGGACAUCUCCAGCCUCUAGCAAGAGUUCUCUUGCUUAGUACUCCAAACAGGUGUAACAGGAAUCUUGAAGGGCAACAGUUCCCCUGGCACACUGUUUAUUUAAAACAGAAGUACGCUUUAGACCAGGUGUGGGGAACAUUGGGGAUUCCUGGUGUUACUGCAGCCCCUAUCAGCCCUGGCAAGCAUGGACAAUGGUCAACGAUUAUGGGAGUUGCCUGGGUUUGUUUUGUUUUUUAAAGAGAAAACAAAAUGCAAAAGAAAGAGGAAUUAAGGAACAUAAGAAAAUCCCAAGCAUGGAAUCAGGCACAUGUCACAAAAGAUUCAUACAAGUAUAUACUACACAUAUCUAACUUCUUUCAUAAAGAAAUGUUAUAUUGCCCAAAUGGCUUUGGCAGCUGCUGAUUGUAGAUUGCACAUCAAGAGGUAGAAGUGUAGAAAAUAAAACUCCGCCAGAUGGCGCUGAAUGACUGUGGUUUCUCUUUGCAAGAUUGCUGUAGUCCAAAUAUUCCUACAUAGGUUUGCCAUACAUUCGGGAUUUCCCAGAUGCGUCCGGAAUCGGACUGUCAAAAUGGCGUCUCGGUGGAUUUUUACCAAGUUGGCGAAAUGUCCAGGAUAACCUGGACGUAUGGCAACUAGGGUGAUUUUUUUAAAAAGAAAAAUGCUGUAAAAAUGUUUUCUCAGCAAAUGAGACAGGCAAAGAGCGAGCAUGCUGUAAAAAAAUGACUUUUUUGGGGGGGGAGGAUGUUUGCCUUUGUAAAUGCGAAUCAUCCAAAGUUUUCAGCUGUUGAACCACAGUUUGAUGAGCAGCAAUUAAAAGAAACACAAGCCCUUUGACUUUGACAUAGUUGUGAAAUGGUGAUAAUAAAAACAAUUGAGGUACACUUCUCUGCCAUUCUGGUCCCAAUGUGGAUAAUGGGAGGCACUGCAGAUGCUUCUCCAGCUGUUGCCACUGAAUACAGACUCCAAGUGACAGACCAGAAACAAGAUCUUGGAAUGAUAGUUAUAGCUCAGCGAAGAUGUCAACCCAGUGUGCUGGGGCUGUCAAAAAACAGAUUCCAUACUAGGGAUCUUUGGGAAUGGAAUGGAAAAUAAAACUGCCAGUGUCAUGAUGCCGUUAUACAAAUCUAUGGUGCCCCUGCAUUUGGAAUACUAUGUACAGCUGAAUGGCAACAUUCAGAUUUCAAGAGCAAAUUGAAAUUCAAAAAUCUAAAUAUUUAAAUGCUUUGUAAUGUCUUUUAAAAAUGCUUCUAACGCCCAGCAUGUGCAAUAAAAUGUAUAUGUGCCUAUUCAGAAGUCAGUCCCAUUGAAGUCAAUUGGCUUACAGCCAGGAAAGUGAGUACAGGAUUGCAGCCGGAGUGAUAUAAAGUGGACAUGAGGAAAUAUGUAUACUGCCCUUCACCUGUAGAUCUCAGGGAGGUUCACAACAUAAAAAUACAAUAUAAAAAUGUAAACUACAUAAUAAAAACAAGAACAAAAAAACCCUCUAUAACCCCCCUCCCACAAACACAUGUAAAAAGGGCAGAAUAUGUUAAUCAACCAAAGGCCAGGUUGAAGAGAAAUGUUUUUGCCUGGUACUUAAAGGUGUAUAAUGAAGGCACCAGGUGAACCUCCCUGGGGAGAGUAUUCCACAAAUGGGGGGGGGCACUGCAGAAAAGGCCUAUUUUCCUUUUGCUGCAGCCUUCCAGAUCUCCUGCGUAGGAGGCACAUGAAGAAGGGCCUCAGGGGGUGAUUGCAGGGUCCAGGUUGAAGAGAGGGGUGGUCCUUGAGAUAUUGUGAUCCUGAGCCAUUUAAAGAUUUAUGGGUCAAAACCAGCACUUUGAAUGGGACCUGUAAACUAAUUGGCAGCCAGUGCAGUUGGGCCAGGAUCGGUGUAAUAUGCUCAAACUGUCUUGCCUCUGUGAGCAACCUGACUGCUGACUUCUGCACUAGCUGAAGUUUCCAAACCAUCUUCAGAGGCAGCCCUAUGUGGAACACAUUGAAAUAAACUAACCUAGAGGUUAUCAUAGCACAGAAGACAGAAGGUAAGGUAUCUCUGUCCAAAUAUGAAUGCAGCUGGGCCACCAGCCAAAGCUGAUAGAAGACACUUGGUGCCACUGAGGCCACAACAGGCAACAACAAAGGAUCCAGAAAUACCCUUAAGCUACAUACUUGCUCCUUGAGAGAGAGUAUAAUCCCAUCAAGAGCAGGGCCCCCUCCCAUCCAACCAUUUUGCUCCCUCAAAUUCCUGUGGUGGCAUUUGAAGUUUAAAUUCAUCAUCAGACAUUGAACUUCACAGUAAAUACCUCCUUGGAGGAUCACACUUUAUCCUUAGAUGCAAUCACGUGGAGACUCGGAGUUCAGGAAAAGAAGAAAGCCAAGUUGAUUAAAGGAAAUAGAUACAUGUUUGAUCUAACAAAAAUGGAGAUGGAAAGAGCCAUGCUUGCUCUUUGCAUGUCUCACUUGCUGAGAAACAAAGAUGCCUUAUCUCUCAAGAAUGACAAAGAAGUGAGAAAGAGGAAUUGAGAUCAGCACACCAGAAGUGUCAGGAACUGUGCUGAGGAGGGCUUUGGUCAGGCACCUCUUUUUAAACUAGAUCACUAGGUGGGUGCACACCAAUUAUAGAACUCACUUUGUGUGAAAUAUUUUUUUAUGGAAUGCUAAAAAUGUGUGGACUGUCCCAUUUGCACCCCUGCCCUUGAGCCAUUUUUCCCCCUGGAGGUUGUUUUUCCUAAUCAGUUGAAAGCUUCUUGCAUUGAGAAAGCUUUUUGCAUUGAGAAAGAUGCUUCCCCAGAAAGCUUCCUCCAUCAUCAUCCAAAGUGACCCAUUCUUUCUCCGACCAAGUGAGAAGGACCAACCACAAGGCAGAACCAACUCAUUGGCAGACAGGCUUACAAAGUUACUACAGUGCAAAUCAGGGCAGGCUUACGUGGGAGGAAAUUUCAAUGAACUCAGUGGGGCUUACUUUCGAGUAGACAUGUCCUGGAUUGUGAUAUAAUACAGUCUCCCUAUAUUCCUAUCAAGUGCUCUUUCCAAAAGCAGUUUGCUAAAUAAUCUUCCCAGAGGGACCAUCAUAUUAUCCAGUAGUAGUCAUACUAAGUAAUUCCAUUUAUAUUAAUGUGCAUCACUAGCUUAUGUCCAUUAAUUUCAGUGGGUCUGUUCAGAAUAAAACUUAAGUUUCCCCAAGCAGCAAUUAUGUUUUGGGAAAACGUGAAUCUCCAAGGUAGGAGCGGAACACAAAAGUUGACUCUGCACCUGAUAUUUUGUCCCAAAUUAUGCAAUCUCGGCUUCUUUCCGCAAAAGAUAAUGUAAAGAUCGAUUCAACUCAAUUAAAGGUGUAUUUAUUAAAAGUAGGACCGCAAUGAACAGAACAAUAAUGCUCUUCGGUGUUCCCCUGAAGCAGGAAUUCUCAGGCUGAAAUCCAAAGCACAGUUACCGGUAAGUGCAAGUAAAUCACACUGACUGCAGUUGAUGUGUUCUGCAGCCCUGUCCAAGGCUUGUUUACUCUGAAGCUGGAGUCUCGUAACAGCCUCUCAGCAGCCUGUGCCUUAGGCUUGGAGCAGUGGCAUAGCAUGGGGGCAAUGGGGACAGUGGCCAAGGGCACAGAAUUCUGAGGGGUGGGACUUCCAGGUUGGCACCACCGGCAAUGGCGGAAUUCCUCUGAUCGGGAGGAAUUUGCCUCGUGGAAAUUCGGGUCUGGCCGCCACGGUGAAGGCGGAGACCCACUAAAAAUCACAGGCGGUUGAAGCCUGUAAACGUGGGAUUCAACGGGCAUCUUUUGCGCCUCCCCUACCCGCGGGGAAACCCGGUUUCGGGGAUCCGGAGCGAUGUGGGGUGAGCGGCGCUUCUUCCACGAAGCGAAGCCGCAUAGCUGUUGCCGGAGAGCGCUGACUUUUUCCUGUGGACAAUUUGAUCUUAAAGCAACUACCCAUGAGUAGAGUGAAGAAUUUGAUUUUUAAACGUUUUAAUUUGGCACCGAAACGGGGAGGUUCAAAACAGGAAGUCCACCUCCCCUUUUUGUAAAUAAGACUGAGGCAAAGAGGCUGCAAGCUAAAGUCUUGGAAAGCCCAUUGUAAAGGACUAAAUUCUCAUCAGUAAAAAAUAUUAAACCCCCCUUGGAAGCAGGAGAAGAGGGGGGAGGCUUUGGAUUGUAUAUCCCUGCAGGAGUGAGUGAGGAAGUUAAAAUACCACCGUUCCGAACCUGGAAACGGGCUGCCAGUAAAAUCGACGUGCCUUGGAAGGUUCAUUGACAGCGAAUAGAACGUUCGGUGACAGCUAGCAUAAGAGAGAUACAUUGUUUCCAUUGUCUUCGUCUGCACUUAAAAAGGAGUAAAGUAACGGAAAAUUGAAACAAUCUUACUGAACUUUAUUUAAAAAGGAGGAAAGUAACUGAAAAUUGAAACUAAUUUUGGAUUAUUGAAACUGUGUUUAAAAGAGGACAUACUGACCGAUACAAAUACAACUCGCUUUCCCCUAGUGGAAGCUUUUGAAAUUGGUUACUUGAUAGGAGCUGGGCUAGGGGAUUUUCCAGCUGCAAGAUAAGAAAGUGUGAGACUUUGGAAUUGACCUUGAAUCUUUUAAGUGUUAUGGCAAACGGAAAGGAAAAAACAGACGGGAUGUCGACAGAGGAGGCCUUAGUGGCUGCAUUAUUGAAAAUAAACGAUUCGCUGGAACAACUCCACAACAAAAUAGAUGCGAGAAAUGUGAAAUUGGAUGUUGCAAAUAUUGAAAUUGAUUCAUCUGUAGAAAGCUUAAAUAACUUGGAACAAAAGGUGAAUGCUAAUUCAGAAACCACUCAGAAACUGACACAGGAAUCUACUUCGAUAUGGCAAACUGCAGAUGAAGUCAGGGGAAAAACCCUUGCUGCUGAAUCUAAAAUAAUACAACUGGAGAGGAGAGUCCCAUCCAUACAAAGACAACCUGACGAACAUAAGUUGACAUUCGUUAUGAUUGAACUUAAAGAAGAACGGAUGAAUUUGAGGACCAGAGCCCUAUUUGAAUUGGAAAAGGAAAGCUUGACAGAGUUUCAGGAGGCGAUACUAACAUUGGUUGAGAAAGAGAGGUAUUUGGGGGUUGACAUGACUGCCAAAAAUGUGAAUCUGCUUAAGGACAACUGUGAAGGAUGUUGGAUCGAAGAGAAGGGGGAUUUGGAAAUAUGGACAAAUCAGAAGUUGUCACUGUUGGGCCGAGUUAUUGUGGUGGGGAUGAGGGCUGCUGUGUUGUUGGGGAUGUUGCUUUUGUUUCAAACACUGCAAGCUUUGGAUGGGAUGGAGGGUCUCAGGAGGUGGCAGAGGGAUGCUCCUAGAGUUGUUUGGCAGGGCAGAAAGCCUCGAGUAAAACUUAAGAUAUUGAUGGAUGCCAAAGAAGGAGGAGGACCUACCCUGCCAGACCUUUAAAUUUUGCUGUGAACCAUCUGCUUUUUGCUGGUUGAGAGAAUGGUUGCUUUUUGAAAAUAUUGAAGCGUUGGACAAUGGCAGAUGAAAUUGAUGGACUAUAUGGAAUUGGCGGAAAUGACUGGCAAGAUCCGAGACCAGGGUGAAGAGUCGGUGGAAGAAGAUUGGAAAAAGUUUAAAGACCAUUUAUAGAGACAUUGUAAAAUUAAGGAAUGUUAGAAAAAUGUUGGAAUGAAAUUAUAUGGCUUUAGCAGAAAUGUCAUAAGGAAUUAGGUAUAAAUAGAUUAAUAGAAAAUUAAAGGAAAAGUAUGGCAAGAAUGUGUUAAGAUAAUUAUAGAACAGAAAACAGAGUAAGAUGGAAAGGAAUUGCUGAAACAAAUAAUAGAAGUGGAAUACAAAAAGGGAGGUGGGAGGAGGUCGCUGGAAAUAAGUGAAUGAAAUAUAAGAUAUUGAAAAUGUUUGAGGUGAUUUUAAACUGUUUUUGCUUGUUUUUAUUUGUUUUUUUUAGUCCAUGUAGUGUUUUUGUAUUGUAUUUGCAUUGUUUUUUCUUUUUCUUUUUCUUUUUCCUUUUUUUGUUUGUGUUGGAAAUGUUAAAAAAGUAAUAAAUAUCAUUUUUAAAAAACCAAACCGAAUUCUGAGGGGCCCAACCCAGCACCCCUGUGACAGGCUGCCUCACCUAGGCUGCAUGGCUGCCUCAGAAAGGCAGGCCGCACCUGGGCUGGGCCUUCAGAGCCACAACAGUGCCUCCUUCUCCUCACAGCCAGCUUCUUCUUCUUCUCCACAAGUCCUUCCACAAUUGGGACAUUCCGGACCGGAGUUUAUCACGGUGUGGAUUUGCCAAGCUUGCCUUCCUCUUAGCACGUUUCUCCCUUGCAUCCUGAGUUUGAGUGUCUUCAAAGCUCAUGACACCUUUGGUAAAGGCUGUUCUCCAAGUGGAGUGCUCGCAGGCCAGUGUUUCCCAGUUGUCAGUGUUUAUACAGUGGUACCUCGGGUUAAGAACUUAAUUCGUUCUGGAGGUCCGUUCUUAACCUGAAACUGUUCUUAACCUGAGGUACCACUUUAGCUAAUGGGCCUCCUGCUGCUGCCAUGCCGCUGGAGCACGAUUUCUGUUCUCAUCCUGAAGCAAAGUUCUUAACCUGAGGUACUAUUUCUGGGUUAGCGGAGUCUGUAACCUGAAGCGUCUGUAACCCAAGGUACCACUGUACUACAUUUUUAAAGAUUUGCCUUGAGAUAGUCUUUAAACCUCUUUUGUUGACCACCAGCAUUACACUUUCCAUUUUUAAGUUUGGAAUAGAGUAUUUGCUUUGGAAGAAGAUCAUCAGGCAUCCAUACACCAUGACCAGGCCAACGAAGUUGAUGUUGAAGAAUCAUUGCUUCAACACUGGUGACCUUUGCUUCUUCCAGUACACUGAUAUUAGUUCACCUGUCUUCCCAAGUGAUGUGUAAAAAAUUUUGGAGACACAGUCAGAAAAGAGACACCCACCACUAGGUGGAACUCCCACCAGCUAGCACCCAGACUUUUCCCUGGUCCUUCUCCAGGGUCUCCCUUCCAGCAUGUGUCCUUGGGCAUAGCAUGUACCCUGUGAUGAGAGCAUGGAAAGGAGAGCUGUCCACUUGCCAAGGACCCACCGGUGCCCACCCUCGCACUGUGCAGCCAAGGAGAAGCAGCUGGGGAAGGGCUGCGCUUGGCACCUCAAGCUGCUGUCCACCACCCUCCUCCUAGGCCUGCUGCAGCUCUGGCGCUGUUGGAACAUCACUAAGUCCAACAAGGAGCGCCAGCCACAGCUCACACUGUGAGCUCUCUGAGCUGAGAGGGAGAACACAAUGAUUGGCAGGUGACCUCAGUGAGGAACAACCUCGCAGGGGCUCAAAGAAGUAUCCUGUUGUCUUCUGCAUGAUCCCCGCAUAUAGGUUAGGGAGCACCAUCCUUGCCUUGACCCAGGUAUUGUCUUUUUUUAAAAAAAUGAUAUUUAUUAAGAAUUUUAGAAUUACAGAAAAAAACAAAAAAGAAAACAAAACAGAAAAAACAGAAAAAAAACAAACCACAGUCAAACAAUACAAAUUGAUAAAAAACAAAAUCAAAAAAUAAGAACAAAGCAUGUAACACAACACAAUCAAAAAGCAAAAAUAAGCCGCAAACAUUUAAAAACAAAUCCAAUAUUCUCAAAUCCUUAACUGUCAUUACCUUCUUUCUUUGACCUCCUUACUCAUCCCUUUUUGUAUCCUAGUUGUUAAUUGUCACAGCAAAUCCUUUCCAUUUUUCAUAAUAUUCUGUCAUUACAUUACCUUAAUCUAUUUUAACCUUAUCUUACUAUAAAAGACCCUAAAACUUGAAACUUAGAUCUUAUUUAUACCAAUUUCUCAUAACCAUAACAUAUUCUUACAUAAUUCUUUUAACAUUUUUGCUAAAGCCAGAUGAUUUCAUUCCAACAUUUUUCUAACAUUCAUCAAUUUUAUAAAGCAAUCCUAAUAAAAAAAAAUUUAUUCCAAUCUUCAUCCAGCGUCUCUUCCUCCUGGUCCCGGGUUUUGUCAGUCCUUUCUAUCCCAUCAACCUAGCGCAUUAACCUGGUAAUCUUAUGUCCGAGGCCCUUAAGUCUCUUCCAUGUCCCUUCCACGGCUCUUCUUCAUAUUUAUACCUGUACUUUACUUUGUCUCCUGCUCCUUUCACUCGUGGGAACUCCAACUUGACAGUGUUUUUGACCCUUCUCGACAAAUCAGUCCCUUUUCCAUAUUCCACACUAAACUCCAUGUGGUAUUUAAAAACAUGUUUCAAAGUCCCUCCAGAAUUAAGAGCCUCCACAACCCCAAACAUCUCACUGCCCAUUGCCAGACUUGAAAAGUCCAAACAGACCCAGGUAUUGUCAACGCACACUAUGCCACUGGCUUGGAGCCUGCAUUUUGUGAGCUGGUGAGAGACCUUGCACACCAGAUCUCCCCUCCAGCUACAGACUCGCUUCUCUCCAUUGAUGGAAUUCAGGUUCAGUAGUUUGCUGCAGAGCAUCACAUUGCAGCAAAAGCUUUUCCUACAUGUUUGGAAGCUGCGAAGGAAAUAAUCUGAGAUCAAAGCUCUGCCCUCACCUUGGGCACUUUGGCCUAGCUAGAAUGUACCCUUGAGCUUUGACUGUUCCCAUUGCUUCCCUAACAUGGAAGUUGAAGAAAUGUGCAUUGAAGCUCUGAGUGUGCAGAAGCGCUGGCUUUUUCUGAGUCCUGUACUGGAUUAUCCAGUAGGCAGGCUAAGCACAUGCUGAGAGUGCCAAGCAAAGCAGGAGCAGCUGAGAAAACGAUAAUUUAUUUUUGAACUAAUCUGAUAUUAAGAAAGAAAGAAAGAAAGAAAGAAAGAAAGAAAGAAAGAAAGAAAGAAGUCAUCAUGGGGAAAAUCAGAAAUUCGCUAGAUGUCAUUACACACUCUUUCCACUAUUUUUCUAUUCUCUUUUUAUAAUGUAUCCUAAACCAGGAGGUAUCCUACUAAAGAAAUAAUGUGUGGAAAUCAGAACCUGACAUGUGCUGGAACAAAUCAUGUAUUAUUUUAUUUUACGGUUUAGUAUUGAGCUUAUUUUGAAUUGCCUAAAAUCUUUCUAACCCAGCCCUGGCUGAGUAUCAUCUUUCUGUCUUAACUCUACCAGGAAGGCAGCCUAACCUGGAACCUGAGACACACGGCACUCUCCCUUGGCGUUGUCAUGAGUGUGAAAUGCCUCCAGCAACUGUCUCAAUAGGGGGCUAAUUGGCAAUGGGGGCUAAUUGGCUAUAGAAAUGUAGGUGAUUUCAGAGCUCAAUGAGCUAAUCUCUGUGCAAUGCACUUCGUCUGGAAGAGUCUGUACAGAGAGAGUUCAGCCAGCCCAGAUCAAAGGGGUCACGGAGUAUUUUGUUACAAACAGAGCUAGUAGGAAGGGUAUGAGUUUACUCAAUCUCAAUGCCAGGCUAUUUUACACUCUAGGCAAGGCUAACUAACUAGUUGCACCACCAUGACGCCCCAUUCAAUUUUCAAAAACAGUCGUCUUGUAGAAAAAAAUGCAAAGCACAAAGCUUGAAACUGUUAAUUGUAUUUUAAAUUGCAAUAAUAAAUAAUGCAACAAUCUUUGAUUAUGUUUCUCAAAGAUAAAAGAGCAUGUAAUAGCGCACAAAUAAUUUCAAACAAUCUUGUGAACUGUGAUGUUAAAAUUUAAGUCUUUUAAAAGUUUCAAUUCCAAGCACAUCAAAAAUUUCUUAGAGUGUUUUCUUUUCCUUUGCAAAUGUGUCAACAAUUCCUUCAAGUUCAUGUGCUGAUGUUCAGCCAUGUUCUAUUAAUAUAAUUGACAAGCCUAUCAGCCUUUUUUGCAACAUUGUUGAGCGUGUGUAAGUUUUUAUAAGUUCGAGUUUUGAGAAACUGUGUUCACCACUUGCCAACUGAAAGUGUGAGAAGUAAUCUUUGUGGCAGCAUAGACUUUGGAAACCUUCCAGCUAUUUAUAUAAAAGUAAAACAUUGCCAGAAAUUUAUAAAAUAUAAGAAAACCCAAUCUUUUCUUAUGUGUGGUCCUUUGAGGUCUGUCGCCCUAGGCGGCUGCCUCUGGCCAUGAAUUUGAACUUUGCUUGGGCGAGUCUAUCCCGAGAGAUUUCAGCCUGCUGUAUUUGGAACAUGUAGGAGCUUGACUCACGUUAUCUCUUCAUUGAGGAAGACAAUCGAAUCAGAAUGAUUGGCAGCCCGUUGCCAAGCCUCAGUAGCUGACUGAAAACUUGCUAAUUAUACUUGAUUAACUCCUCAUUGAGGGACGUGGGUGGCGCUGUGGGUAAAACCUCAGCGCCUAGGACUUGCCGAUCGCAUGGUCGGCGGUUCGAAUCCCCGCGGCGGGUGCGCUCCCGUCCUUCGGUCCCAGCGCCUGCCAACCUAGCAGUUCGAAAGCACACCCGGGUGCAAGUAGAUAAAUAGGGACCGCUCCGGCGGGAAGGUAAACGGCGUUCCGUGUGCUGCUCUGGUGCUGGCUCGCCAGAUGCAGCUUGUCACGCUGGCCACGUGACCCGGAAGUGUCUGCGGACAGCGCUGGCUCUCGGCCUCUAGAGUGAGAUGAGCGCACAACCCUAGAGUCUGGCAAGACUGGCCUGAACGGGCAGGGGUACCUUUACCUUUACCUUUAACUCCUCAUUGCAACACAAACCCACUUCCAAAUCUGCAUGGCUAUGGAAUUGGCGGUGAAGGGCCUGAAUCGGCCUAAUCUAGAUCCUCUCCUAUCUUCCUCAACAUUCCCACAGUAUUAAGGAGCCGACACAAUUUCUAUUCCUUCAACGAGCGAUUAUUUUUAUUUUCAAUUACCAACAACAGAAACUAUAUAUUUAAUUAAUGUUCUGUAAACUGAAAUGGCAAAGCUGUAUUACAACUGAGAACUAACAUAAACUACCGUACACAUUAAAGAAAAAAAAUACUGCAAGGAAAGUGCUAUUUGUUAGGGAACUGACUUCAAACAACUUUACAUAUGGUUUGUUCUAACCUACCGACACUUUCUUAAACUUUCACUGACCAUCUCUCUAUGAAGAAAAGUCGGAGUGUUUUAUUAACCCUUUUCGGGUUAAUACACACACCUCAAUAUGCAAUUUCGAGGGCAUUUUAUGCCAAAUGUGGGGGUUUUCGUUUCCAAAAAGAAAAUGGAAACAUAGUAUAGGUGAAAUUUUGUAACAAUGCCCUGAAGGUCCACUUAUGUGUAGUGCGCAACGUGAGAGAAAAACUCUUGCUACAAUGUGAUGGUCUGAGGAAACAAACUACACUUUAUUAAACUUGAAUUCAGUAAAUGGAGGGAAGCAAGCAAGCCCCUCUGGCGUACAAGUCUUCUCUUGCGUCCACCGGCUCACAAUAGCACGAUCCUUUGACCGCGUCUUCCAGGAAGAAAAAAAAAUAAAUGCUGAAGAGCAGCGGUGUGAACCUGACAUCUCCGGAAAUUUUUGGCAUUGGAGAGAAAAUGGGUGUCGCUCUCUUUCUUUUAAAUGGUUUUUAUUAAAAUAUUUUAUCGGGUAACAAAAGUACAGGCAGCGUCUCUGUUGUGAGAAAGGGUUUCAAGCAAAGUGAGGUCGAGAAUUGGGGUGCAAGCUCUAUCGGGUUUAAAGAGGAGCGACCAGACGGUAGUUAUUAGUUUUAAUUAUUGUUGCUUAAUAAAUUUACAAGAUGCUCUGUACCGUGAAGCCAUCGAGGGGGGGGGGGUGUUACAAAUUUUAAAAAGAAGAAAACACAGAGACAAAAGAUAAGUUCUAAAAACUAUAACAUUGUUUCAACAAACUCCCAGGACAACAAAACCUUUUUUCUGGCUAUGCUCUUAAUAUUCCAUAAAUGACUGGGCCAUACUGCAGGGGAAGAUUCCUGAAACCAAAAGGCAGGACCCAGGCGCCAACUUCCCUAAGGGACACAGUGAAACUUGCUUCUGAGUAUAGGAUUGCAAAUGGAAAAACUAAAGGAAUGUUGAAAUAAAAUGCCGGACGGGAAGGAAAGUAUUCCUCAGGGAGCAUCUUCCAAAGAAGCCAUAAUUUCUUUGCACCUGACCACAAAAGCUUCUGCCACAAAUCCCUCAUUUUCCCCCAUUUAAAAUAUCUGUCUCCCUUUGCAUACUUUUUAAUAAAAUAUUAAGAAAUAAUUAAGCCGCAUAAUAAAUCAAACCAAACCGAGCAGUCAGCAAGAUUUCCAGAGUCCAUCUUGAAAUCGUGGAAACAUUUCAGUUGCAGAAUUCAGAGUGGACAAUCAAAUUGUUAAAUGGACUGGUUGUUUUUUUAAAUCACACCCCCUCCUUCCAAUCCCUAGGGAAGAGGUGGCGAAGCUGGAGCCCUGAAGAUGUGUGGGACUCCAUUGCCUCUGACCACUGGUCAUGCUGGCCGGUCCCGAUGGGAAUUCUAGUCCACCCACACCUGGAGAGCCCCCCUCUCUGCAUCCCUGCCACGGACUGCCCCGCCACCCCCUAGAAAGAGUGAUCCGGGCUCCUGGGGUUGUUCUCUGCUGCCUACCCCCCACCCACCCAUCUUCCAGAUCGGGACUCCGGGGACGCAUCAAGUGAAAGGCCAAGGUGCGGAUUCCCCGUUUUUUUUGGGGGGGGGGAAUAAACAACUCCCCAUUCAACAGUUUCUGCUCGGUUUCAUGAACCUCGCUUUGUACUCGGUUGCAACCCAGACGGCGCUUUUGUCAGCACAAUCGUUAGGCAGGGCCUGGUGCGCAGGAGCCAGCCUAGGGGUCUUCGACGCCCCCAAUAAAAUAUUUGAGAAGGCUACGCCCACCACCCAAGUUGAUGGGCACUGCCAUUCAAAAGGGGUGUGCGCACACCCCAUCAUGUGAUUGAUUAUGUAGGGUGGGGCUUACCUCCCCCCCCCCAAAUAUUUUAUUCAAGUUGGCACCCUUGUUGAGAGGAGGAUUAGGCAGCUAAAAUAGAGAUACUUAAAGAAGCCCUCCAUGUACGGAUGCAAGGAGGGUUUCUCAGUUGAUGCUUUCAGAAUUCAAUAUUUGCCUCUGAACACACACAUCUCGACAUCUGAAGAGAAGGCUGGAUAGUGCAGGUGCUUUUUAAAAGUUAAAAAUAAAUAAAUCUCCAAAUAACCCAAACAACAAAAAUAGAACUCAAGGAGAUAAACACACACACAAAUAAACAGAACAGACCUACAUAGGAUGUCAUGGUACAGGUGAGUGUUAGUACAAACCAAAUUGUGUCCUCCCAGAAAGUGAGAGCCAUUCUGCCUCCCUGGAAGACUGCAAAAAUCCUGUGGAAAAGGACUUGAACCACCUGCAGCUUCAGAUUACUGUGGCUGGAGAUUGGAGGAACAGGGUUGCAAGUGAACAUCAGCCAAUGGUUUAACUGCCCCUGGACUCCCUCAGCCCCUUCACAAAAUAUGCUGAAAGGAAUUCAAACGCGGAGGAUGAGCAAUUUGGUGGCCCAUCUCUCCACAGUCUUCUACAGCUGGGUCAGUUGAAGGCAGUACUUUCGGAUGACGCAGCCGAGUACUCAUUUUACAGCGUUUAUCAACAUAGUUCAAUAUCUUCCACGUCUGUUGGUCCAUAAUAAGCUCCCUCUUUCUUUAAAUGAACAGGAAUUUUCUGGAGGAGUGGCUUGCACAUGUGCCUGAAAAUAAUAAACCACUCAUUCUCAACAGUUCCCUAAGAACAGGACUAAAACCAGCCUAGAAAACAUACAAUAUUUGCUUUCAGAUAUUGACUUUAUUUAUAGUGGCGGUCUUUUUUUCUUUUUCUUUUUGCAUUGCCUGCUGCAAGAAUCUAGUGAGCUUUCAAGCCUCACGCAGGCUGCUCUUCGAGCCAAUCCUACACUGCAGGCCUGCUGUGAAGGUAACAUGUGCAGGUCAGAUCCAGACACCCUACAGAUGAAUACAAGAAUCUUACAUAGGCUCACAACAAAUGUAAUUAUUCUUUUUUAAAAAUAUAUUUUUAUUAAAGAUUUCUUAGUUUACAAAAAUACGUGCAUUGUCUCUUUUUUCAAGUUGUGUGUUCUACAGAUCAGUUUCAUUUGUUGUGAGACAUUAGCGUUGCAUAUAGUGUUAGGUUAGGAAGAAAAGUGGGGGAAAGAGGGGGAGUGGUGAGUGGGGUGGGGUGCCAAUGCUUCUAUUCUUCUUAGUAUAUGUGUGUUCUCUUACUAUUCACUUGUUGUAUUUCCUUGGUGAGAGCUUGAGGGUGGCCUAGGCUGUGGUUGGUUGUCUUUGGUUGGCUGUAGUGAGCUUUGUUUUUGUGUGUGAGUGUUUUUGGAUCAGGUUACAGAUUGAUUCAUAAGCUGUUGGCAGAUUCUUGUCUUAUUUGGCUGUGUACAGUGGUACCUCUGGUUGCGAAUGGGAUCCGUUCCGGGUCGCUGCAGGACGCAACUUGAAGCAAAUGUAACAAGAGGUAUGACUAUGUGAUUAAGGGGAACCAUAAAGGGUGAAUGUAUCUUCUUCUAUUUGUCCCCGUGUCCGUAUAAGUUUAUUGGUUAGUUUUACUAAUAAGGCUGUUUCCCAUACUAUUUGAUACCAUUGGUCAAAGCUUACUCCUGACAGGCCUCUCCUGUGUUUGUUUAUGACGCUUCUGAUAGGUGGGUUAUGGGCUCUUUAUGAUAUGAAUGGGCAUUAUCUUGGACGAUGUUUAGUGGGGCCAGUUUCAGGGUGAUGUCUAAUAAUUGCUUAGUUAUUUUGCAUAUUUAUUGUAUGAUUGGUGUCCAGAAUAUAUGGAUUUUGGGACAUUCCCACCACAUGUGGAGGUGCAUCCUCUGCAGCAUUUUUGUGAGGUUCCUGGGUGUAUUAGCGCUAAUUUCCAUGGUGUUAGGUACCAUUUGAGAGUUUCAAAGUGAGUUCUUUCCUUUUCGCUGAUACGGACUUAAAGGGAGGUUUAGCCCACAUUCUGGUCCAGUGGGUGGGGUUAAUCUCAUAGCCUAUGUCAUCCUCCCUUUUUUAUUAUUACAUUGAGGGGGUUUGUGGGAUUUUGGAGCAGUGUUUUCUAUAUUGCUGAUACCCUCCCUUUGCCAUGUUCCUUUGUUGUUAGGAGGUGGUUUUCAAAGGUUGUCAAGGGCUUAGUUGCUACCAAUUUUUACUACUACUGGAUUGUUUAAGAGAGCAGGUAAUUAUUCUGUAGAAAAUACAACUGGAGAAAAAGAAUGCACGCACAUUUAUAAACCAAGAAAAUCUUUAGUAAAAAUUAUUUAAAACAACGAAUGCUUCAAUAGAGACUGGUUAGCUUGGCAACUACUGUAUAUCAACGGAACAAGCCUAAACAUCAGCACUUGACUUGAAGAAAUUGGUGACAAAAUCUGCAAAACGAUGUGCCUGGAAUUGAAAUUUAAGAGACUUAAAUGUUAACAUCACAACCCACAAGAUUAUGCAUAAUGAUUUGUGUGCUAAAACAUUAUCUUUCUCAAAUACAAAUGGAAAUCACAAAAUAAAAUUAGUAGUUUCAAGUUUUGUGCUUUCCCUUUUUACUACAAGACACCCAUUUUUGAAAACUGAAGUUAGCAAUGUUUUAUUCAUUUACCUCUUUAUCUGAUUUCAAUGCCUGCUAACAUCCAACAGAUCUCAAGGCGGCAUACAGACAGAUACAUAGAAGCAUCACAAUUAAAACCAAAAUAUACACAAAAUACUCUGAAAAGUGAGAGGAGGAAAAAAUGAGCAGAGAAGCCUCACCUUCAGGUGGCCAGUGUGUGUGUGUGUGUGUGUGUGUGUGUGUGUGAUGCGGGCUUCUUGACUGGCUCUGCUCCUUUUUCCGGAGGGGGGGACACACCCCAAUGACUGAGAUGGGAGAUUCUUUCCAUGCCUAUAAAAGGGCCCUGUACCUUCUGCACCCACAUUUCAUCCCCACCACUCCUCCUGAUCAGAGAAGCAGGAGAUGGAUUUCCACACCUUUGAGAAUGACCUCCACCUCUCUUCCCAGGAGACAUCUGCUCCUCUUCCACCUUCCUCCUCUCACCUUUGAGGCCAAGAGCAGCUCCAGACUGGGCAGGGGGCAACUUAGGGAAAGCGCAGCCAGCUUAACUCCCCACUUUUCUCGUCUGCAGAGAUCAGGACGACGCACAACCGUCUUCGCUCAUUAGACCGGAGGCCGAGGUUUGAGUUCUUGGACUUCCAGCUGGACGUUCUGGAAACGACGUUUAAGGUGCGACCGAAGCCUGGUCACUAUAAGAGAAUGUUGCUGGCCUGCCUCACUGAGAUCCCUGAGGAUCGCAUCCAGGUGAGUUGUGGGGGGAGAGAUGGUCCCAAUUCUGCCGGGAAGAAAGGCGAGAGGGGAGGACGUCGGGUAGGGUUUGGGGGCACAGGAGGAGAACCGAUCGGGAGCUCCCUUCCAGCUCUGCCUCUUGCAGCCCCUGGAGCCUAGGCGCCUUUCUUGGGACGCCCGUCCCCUGUGCUCGAUGGGCAAAGGAAACUCCCCCGGGGACCUUCCUUGGCCAAGGCGAGCAGGGCUAAAGAGCUUCCAGGGGGGUGCUGCUCCUCCCGCCCAGGGCGGCUGCUCCUCUCCUCCGGCCUCACCUUCCUACUUCCCUCAAGGGCAAGGAGUGCAGCGAAAGCAGAGCAUGCCAACGUUGCACUUCUUGUGGGAUAUACACACACAGAGCACUCAAGUCCAACAUUUCCUGUUUGUUUCUUGAUCCUUCCAUCAUGUGUUGCAUUUUGAUGAUCAUGCUCUUAGCCAGCGGCACAUGGCUCAUCCUUUACAGAGGAUUGAAGCCACAAGGUAGAAAGUUUGAAGCUUCUUUUCUCUGCAAAUGUAACUGCAACUACAAGAUAAAGCCUGACGUUUGAACAAUAUCAUCAACUGAAUGCAAGUAAACUUUGCCAUUACUUAAAAAAAGAAGAAGACUGUCGUGUCAUAAUUUUUUAAGAGGAAACUAAUGGGGAAAUUUACCAGGAACAAUCCAAUCUGGACAAAGCCAGGCUGGAUUACUCAAUUUAUAUGAUUCUAACGAAUCCAUCAACUUGCUUCCAGCAAUAUGCAAGGAAAUGUGCUCUGCUACUACCUCACUAGCGUUUAGUGAAGAAGGAUAAUAUUUAAUCAAUAUAUCCUCUCCCACUAUCCACAACAUUCCCCCACAUCUGGCCAGUCCUGGUGGGAAUCCUGAGUCCAUUAACAGGGAGGGGUGGGAGACUCAAGUCUGUUAUCUCUGCUUUCUUGAGAACACCUGUGCUCAUGCUCCUCCUCUCAUUCCUAACAGCUCUGGUUCUUCAACCAGAAUCCUGAGAACUGCCCUCCAGAAUAUGUGUCUUCCAGAGCCGCCUUUACACCUGCCUCUCACGUUCAAAAUGUCGGCCUGCCAUUGCCUCCCCUUCCUCCAAGCUGUGGCCUAUCACUUCACCUACCAAGAAAUAUUCAGCCUCCAAGCUUCAGCCUGUCACCAACUCAACAGUUCAUAGCAAGGAGCCUGUCAGCCCCUCAAAUCCCAGAUCAAAAUAAAUUUCAUUAUUUUUAGCCUUCCGGAGGACUAACGUUUUUGUUGGGGGGGGGGGUAGCAAUGUCAGAACUGGUCCAUGCAAUCGGAGAAAACCACCCUGGGAGAAGCAGAUAUGCAAGGAGGUGGCAGAGGGAAGUCUGCAGGGCAGCAUUUCUGUGCAUGCUCCUCCAGAAUGAGGAGGGGGAAAUUACCUAAAGGGCCCACCUUGCUUGAGGUUUUUUCCUUGCUUGCGUUUGCUUUUGGUUGGGGGGAGGGUUUCCACAGGUGAACUUCAGGGCAGGUUUUGUUUUUGUUUUGCAUGGGGAACGGGGCAGUUUGGGAGGGAACACAGGGAAAAGGUCAAAAGGCCCAAGGAUUUUAACUGCGUCGCACUCAGGAGUGUAACUUGGGACUGAUUGGGCUGGAUCUCCCACCGCCUGUGAACAUUGGUCACCCUGGCUGCUUCGGGUGGGAGCCAGAGCCCAAGAACAUGAGGAGUUUGGGGGCUCAAGUCUGCCAACCUGGUUUCAUAAGAGCACUCCUGUGCUCACACUCCUCCUUACAUCCCCAACAGCUCUGGUUCUGGACCUGCUGGGCAAAGGCACAAAGGGCGAAUAAUAAGAAUUGUUCUCUGGAAGAGGUGUCCACCUCCAGACCCUUAUUUACACCCACUGCUCUGCUUCCUAUUUUAGCCAGCUAAAUUACCCACCCAUAUCUGCAUACCUUGUGCAUUUUCCACUUAUUUGCCAUCUUAAUUCAACUGUAAAUAUUCAACUGGUACUACCAACAGAUAAAUUUUUUUCCCCCCAACUAGGCUCCAGGGGUCUAUUGAACUUCACUAGGCAACAGGAGCAAGAAAUGGAUUCACACAUCUUCCCAGUUCCAGAAGAGACUCUCCGCCUCUACAUUGUUUCUCUUCCCUCCACUUCACAGGGUUCCUCUAGCUCUGACAAGUAUCUAGUCCUCAAGACGGGGCUGGUCAAGGGAGGGAGGAAAGCCAACACUUCUCUUCUGCAGCUCAAGGGAUCCCACAACAAGGGAUUCUGCACUGCUGUGGAUCAGGGUCAUUUGACCUGAGGAAGAGGACAGCCUUCAGCCCUUUCCAGCUGGAUGUUUUAGAGAUGAUCUUCAAGGACGUCCUCAGAGAAGAGCAUCACCGAAGCACACUGUCAGCCAGUCUCAACAGCCAGACCCAAAAAUUUCUAGUUAAGAAUACAUUACACUCCUGUCUGCCAUUCCUUUGACACCACUGAAGUUAGGAAUGGCUGUGUCUAUCUUUCCCAUGCUGGAAGAGGAUGUCCACCUCUGCUUAGAAGGAGAGUCCAGCACCUCCUCCAUCCACCUCACACAGUCCCCUCCAGUUCUGCUGGGCCUCAAAGCAGAGAGAGUAAGGCAACCUUGCUAACCCAGCUUGCCCCUGGCAACUCUGGGCAACUGAGAGCCACUAUAGCCCAUUGGACCAGAGUGACAGGAAUCAGAAGUCCAGUGUCUACGUCCCACUUCAGCUGGAUGUCCUGGAGGAAGUAUUCAAGGAGAUUCUGGCUGUCCAAGGGAGAGAAGAGAUGGCUGUCCCAGCCAGACUUACUAGGGCUUUUCAGAAGCAGAGUGCCUCCUAUAAUCACAGGUGGUCCUGGAGAACCUCUUUCAAGGGAGGCUAGUGAGCUGGUGGAGAUUCCACAGGGUGCAGUUCUGGUGAAUGGAGGUGAAAUUCAUUCUCCCGCUGCCUUGGGAGAUGCACAAGAUCUCAGUCUCCAUCCUUUGGGCUUCAAUUGAAGGAGUAGAGUUUUUAGAGCAGGAAUGAAGCAUCUGAAGAGAAGAAUUUGUUGCAGAAAUAAAUUGGUGCUCCUUUAAAUGCACAUUCCAGGAGAAUAUGAGGUUCCAUGUUCACCUAAAAGAAGCACAAAAGGAAAACAAAUUAUUAGGGAGGGUAAUGAGAUAUGGCUUCCACUCACCUCAACAUUGAAAUGCAGGUGCCCUACAGAUGACUAAUUAAGCAGUAUGCAAAAUGUCCAAAUAAUACUAUGUAUUGAUUAUAGAUGCCAAAGAAGAUGGGAAGUAAAGAUUUGUCCAUGGUUUCAUAGAAGCUAGAAAAAGCUGUGAGAUUCUCAAUAUACCUAUUUCUCUGUGAACCUUCUAUGUUGUACUAGGACCAGCUCAAACUUACAAAAACAUGUACUAAGUUGCUGGUGACUGGGAGAUGAAACCACAGGUUUCUGUAUUGCCUCAAGGUGUUCUGGCACUUUCGUCCACUCCCUCAGCCCUCUUUCAUUCCUGGGACCCCUUCCUCCACCAACAGAUCCUCAGUCCCGGGCUCAUUAUGCCAAUAUAGGGUCUACAUUUUGCCCCCAACCCACGCCUCUUUCCUCACAGGAGUGAAACCUGGAACGCCAGACCCUCAUCCUCCCCUCCUGCUCUCACACUCACUCACUGCCCUCGUUCACAGACCAGAUACACACAUCCCCACUUUCCCUAAAACACCCCCACGCCCUUCUCACACACUUACAACCGUCUUAAUGAACCAGAAUACCCCCAAUGGAUUCCUCACAGUCUCAGAAACAGCUCCCCAUUUCUCCCCUCCCCACUCCUCUCAUCCCCUUGGCAUCGCCACUGAGCCCAUGGGGAAAAGUGCGAAUUGAAAGAGUGACGGGCUGUACACUAGAUGAAAUAAACUCAGUGUAGAGCCAUCGGUUUCCUUGUGUUUAGUUCAACUCUUAGUAAAAAACAGUCAAUCAUCCAGUAGGAGUCCGUCGUGCUCCUCCCAAACCCCAGGCUAUAUAUAUUUUAUUGACGCCAUCAGUCACGCCUGAUAGGCUGAUUCAAACUUCCCUCCUGGAGCCGGAUUGGACGGCUCCUAGGAGCCAAUCAAGUUACUGCAUUCUAGAAUCCUACCUGCCUAAACAACAACAACAUUGUUCUGGGAUCCAAGCUCAUCACAUAACUCUAGAGCAGGAGAAGUCAAUCACUCUCUUUCCAUACCAACCCAACAAACAGCUAACUCCUGUCGACUCCAGCUUUUGGUCAAAAGCCACAGUGUUCUUGGGGAAAACACGCAGGUUGCAUUCCAAUAGUAGACCCUUUGCAACUAGUAAAGCUAAACCAUCCAUCCCCAUUCAUUUCAAUGCGUUUCCCCCAAGAAAGACAGACAUUCCUUAUCACAUCAUAGUUUGACUGGGCUGGAGAUUGGAGGAAUUAAUUCCUUUAGAAACAAAAAGCAGAACAAUUCAGCAAACAGAAUGUUAACGGCAACUAUAACGUUUCCAUUGCAGAGCACGGGGAGAAAAAAACCAGCACUUACUGCGGAUCCUCGCGGUGGACUCAGCAACCUAGGCGCCCCAGCAGCAGUUUCUUCGCAAACCGAGGACCGGUUGAGUCUGCAGCUUUCCUCCCUGGAGAAUAUAAAGGGCUGAACCGGAUUGGCCCCAAUUAGGUCCAGCUGAACCGGAUUAACCCAAAUUGGAUCCCGGUGUGUCCGGGAGAGGCUCCCUCCCGCAGCAGACAGGAAGGGGACGCCGAUAAAGUGGCAGGUGACCCCUGCGAGAGCUCCGAGUGCCAGGACUGGGGCGGGGGGCGCUUUAAGGGGAUGUUGUGCAUACAAUCAAUGAAAAAGGGCCUUGCCUCCUCCCUGCAGUCUUUGCACCCAGGUGUGUCUUUUUGGCAGCCCAAAGGGGUUUAUGGAAGGUGUGUCCCACGGAAGCGCGCCUAGCAUCCUAGUCUCCACAGGUGAGCUUCUCAAGCUACCUAAACAGAGAAGCAAAGCCUGUUGAACUUCCGGGAAUUAACUCUUGACUAAUCAGGCUUAGGGUCGUAGUCGAAAGUGCACCCCCAAAGUUUCUCUAUCUGACCCAGGCCAUGCCUCUCUCUUCCCCAUUACAAUCUGCAAAAUGGCACUGGACUACUUGGCAGGGUUGUUGUGAAGGCAGGAAGGUCCAUGACUGCAACUUCUUCUACAGGCGUCUUCUAUAUAUAUACCUGUCUAGUUUGGGUCAAUUAUUUCUGCCAUGGGAGCCAACUCCUAGAGGGGUCAAGAGGUUUUCGCUGCCCAGAAAGAAAUAUUUGAGGGGGUCGGUCCCUCCCAAUAAAAUUGAUGCGCAUUGCUAUUCAAGUAGUGUGUGUGCACCAUGUCAUGUCAUCGGUUAUGCGGGGCGGGGCUUACCUGGGUCCCCCAAUACUUUAUUGAAAUUGGCACCUCUGAUUGCAGUGCUCUAUUCAGACUAGUGGGGGAGCACCAGGGAUGUCAAACUGAAUAAAAUAGGGGGGCAGGUAAGCCCCGCCCUGCAAAAUCGACCACAGUACACGCACCCCAUUUGAAUGGCAAUGCCCACCAACUUUGGGGGAGCAACCCCCUCAAAUAUUUUAUUGUCGAGACCUGUACGGUAGGGUUGGCUGAAAGAGCAGGACUGGGUCAAGGCUAUGAGGUUCAUAAUUCUAUCCAGUUCCCCUUUAUCAAACCACUAAGGCUGCAAUGUUAUACUUUUUUACCUAGGAGUCAGUCCCCCUGAGACAGUAUGGGGUAGCGAUGAGCGUGCUUGACUAGGAACUGGGUUCAAAUUCCGCACACUCGCCUCCAAGCCUUGAAGCCCGCUGGGUAAAUCAGGGCCAGUCACUGCGUCUCGGCCUAACCUACCUUGCAAGGUUGUUGCAUGGAUAAAAUAGCAGAGCAUGUAUAUACAGCACCUUGAGCUCCCGGGAGGAAAAUGAAAUAAACUCAGGAGGACAUUCUGAGGGUGACAGCAUUGUGCUAGGAAAGAUGGCUGCUGCCCGUUCAUUUACCAAAAACAUUUCUAUUUUGGAAACGCUUUGUAACAUUUCCCCAGGAGAAGUUUUAAUGAGGGUCGGGAGCGAUAGAGAGAGAUGGGGUGGGGGCUUGUCCUUCGCCCCUCCCUUAAACAGGGAGUCUCAACUACCCUGUAAGUUCGGGUUGGUUGGAAGAGCAGGAAUGGUCCCAGAUCAGCCAGUGAAGUUGAUGGUUCUUCUCAGUUCCAUGUUUUCAAACUACUAAGACGCAUGCCUAGCAGGAGCGCCACUGCACUGUGCUGGAAAAGGUGGCUGCCACAGGGUCAAUGUCAAUAAGCAGUGUGCAGAAUUUCCCCUUUUUAUCAACGAAUUACCCACGGAAAUGAGACGCCUGGGUCCUGCCUUUAUGUUUCAGGAAUCUUUCCCUGCGAUGUGGCCCAGUCAUUUAUGGAAUCUUAAAGGCAUAGCCAGAGAAAGGUGUUUGUUGAAACAAUGUUAUCGUAUUUAGAGCUUAUGCUUUUAACUUGUACGCCCCUUUGAUGGCUUCACACUACAAAACAGCUAAUAAAUUUGUUAAGUAACAAUAAUUUAAAAUAAAAACCGCUACCAAUUCUCGAUCUCACUUUGUUUGAAACCCAUUUUCAAAACAGAGAUGCAGUAUGCACUUUUGUUACCCAAUAAAAUCUUUUGAUAACUCUUUUUUAAAAAGGAGAAACCCAUUCUCUCUAAAAUGCCAACAUUUAUGGAAUAUUAAGGGCAUAGCCAAAUAAAAGGUUUUAUUGUUUUCACAACUUAUGCUUUUUAUGUUCCUUUCUCUUUUUAUCUUGUUCGCCGCUGCGAUGUCUUGAUGGUAGGUAGCAGCUUAUAAAUUUGUUAACUAAUAAUAAUUUAGAAUAGUAACCGCCGUCUCUGUUUCUUUAAUCCGGAUCACUCAAGAAGUUGCACCCCAAUUCUGGAUCUCGCUGUGCUUGAAAUCCAUUUUGUCGCAAAUGCCAAACAUUUCAGGUUCACACUGCUGUCCUUCUGACAUUUUCCUCACUUGGGGACCCAAAUUCCCUCACCUGAAAGGAAAGCCUCCCCCAAAGGCUUCCUUCAUCCCCAUUUAAAGCGGUCCCUAUUUAUCUACUUGCACUCGGGGGUGCUUUCGAACUGCUAGGUUGGCAGGCGCUGGGACCGAACGACGGGAGCGCACCCCGCCGCGGGGAUUCGAACCGCCGACCAUACGAUCGGCAAGUCCUAGGCGCUGAGGUUUUACCCACAGCGCCACCCGCGGAAAUACAACAAGCAAAUAGUAAAAGAACCCAUACAAGUAACGCUGACACAAAACCCCACACAUACACAAAGCAGAAUAGAAGCAUAGCCCCCUCUUCCCCCCUGUUUUUUAUUCUUUUCCUAACAUAACAAUGUAUGCAACAGUAAUGUCUCACAACAAAUGAAGCUGAUAUGUAGAAAACACAACUUGAAAAAGAGACAACGCACUAUUUUUGCAAACAAAUUUUUAAUUUUUAAUUAAAAAAACUUCCUUCAAGUUCAUGUGCUCAGGCACGUUCCAUUAAUAUGGUUGCCAAGCCAAUCAGCCUCUUUUGUAACAUUGUUGAGCGUAUGUAAGUUUUUACAAGUUUGAGCUCUGAGUAACUGCGCUCACCACUUGCCAAUUGAAAGUGUGAGAAGUACGCCUUGUGGCAGCAUAAACCUUCGAAGCCUUCGAGCUAUUUAUAUAAAAUAAAAGUAAAAUAUUGUCAGAAAUUUGUAAGAUUUAAGAAAAGCCAAUCUAUAUAAUACUGUGCUCCUCAAAGGUGUGUGCUCCUUUGAGGUCUCUCGCCCUAGGCGGCUCCCUCUUGGCUAUGAAUAUGAACUUGGCUUGGGCGAGUCUAUCCCGAGAGAUUUCAGCCAGCUCUACAUCAAAGCGGUCAAUGAAUAUUUGGAGCACGUGAGAAGGGGGUUUACUCCUGUUAUCUCUUCACUGAAGAAGACUGCACUGAUCAAAUCAGAAUGGCCGGCAACCCGUUGCCAAGCCUCAGUAGCUGAUUGCUCAUUAGUACUUGAAUAACUCCUCAUUGCAACACAUAUCAUCUUCCAAAUCUGCAUGGCUAUGGAACUGAUGGCGAUGGUCUUAUCUAGAUCCGUGAUGGGAUAAGGGAUGCCAAAUGCAAUAGAUAAGGCCAAAUUAUUUUUCUGGGCUAGGUAGAGAAUUUCUAAGAGAAACGUGAUUCUUCAAAACCAUCUUGAACACGCUCGCCUUGCAGUUUCAGCGAGGUCUACUUGGGAUAUUCUUCCAAUUAACUCUGGUUUUAAAACGGCAGUCUGCAUUGCAAAUGGCUGCAAACCUCCGAACAAUAUCCACACCCAAACACCCCACAAAUGGGAGUUUUCUCUCCUGGAUGACAGGCAGAAAUUCAAAAGGGCAGUUCUCUCUCCUACUCCAUUCCACUCUUGAUUUUUUUAAGUUAAUAUUUAUUAACCAAAAAAUUAAAACAAAAAAAACUACCUAUGCAACCUUCAUCCAAUAUCGAGGGGAGCUGGGGGAAGAACACCGCUAUAGUUCCUGUAUAUCGGAGGCCGAUUAGAAUAUAGAUUACAGACCCCAUGUAAAUCUGUUUGCGGUAAAAGAUGAGACGCUUAAGUUUGUGCAGUAAACGUUUGCUCCAGCAUACUAAGGAAACAACCCGAUUUAUAUCCCUUUAAUAAGCGAUUGUUUUGUUUUAAAUUACCAACAACAGAAACUAUAUAUUUAAGUUAUAAUGUUCUGUAAGAUAAGUUAGGGUUGCCAUAUUUCAAAAGGUUGCUGAGCUGCUGCUGCUGCUUUUUUUUUAAGAAACCCUUUUAGAAUAGUGAUUUUAAGUUUUUUGAGUUAUUUCCGCUGCUUUUUCCAUCGCGUUGCCCUACAGCCGAUUCGGCAAUAUUCCCCACCCCCAACGCCAUUUUUACAGCUGAAAACCAGGACUGAACAAGACAAAGCUUUAUUACAACUGAUAACUAACGAAGCUACCAUUCACAUUUUUAAAAACCUGCAAGAAAUGUGUUAUUGGUUAAUGAACUUCCCUGGGUGGAAACAAAAUAAAAAAUAAAUAAAUUCCUUCCAGCAGCACCUUAGAGACCAACCAAGAUUGUUAUUGGUAUGAUCUUUCGUGUGUAUGCACACUUCUUCAGACAGGAAAGCUCAUACCAAUAACAAACUUAGUUGGUCUCUAAGGUGCUACUGGAAGGAAUUUUUUUAUUUUUAUUUUUAUUUUGUUUCGGCUACAGCAGACCAACACGGCUACCUACCUGUAACUAGUUCCUUGGGUGGGUUAGAAGACUUUCCCCAAACAUUAUGUGGUUUGUGCCAUCCUUGAACUUUCACUGGCCUUCUCAAUAAACACACCUCAAUAUGCAUUUCGAGGGCAUUUUAUGUCCAAUGUGGGUUUUUUGUUUCCAAGAGGAAAAUGCUAAAUUGUACUGUACCUUGUUGAAAUUUGGGAAUACAGUAUAGACGGACUUCUGUAGCAAUGCCUUAGAAGGAUUACCCUGAAGGUCCACUUAUAUGUACCGCACAAUGUUGUUGUGAGAAUAAAACGGCAGGAAGAAGAACCAUUUUCAGUUCAUUUUGGGGGGGGGAGUGGGAAUAUAAUGCAAAUGUGGGAGUACUGGCAGAAUGUUUGCUUCAAAAGUCAUUCUCGCCCUGCCCUGCCUUAUUUUACCCUCAGUUGCUGCCUUGGUCUUUACUGGAGCAGGAAAACUUUCAAAACUUUUGAGCUGCUACUGCUGCUCAAACCUUCACCAAAGCAAUUAAACUGUGUGUGAAUAAAGUACAACAGUAGUUGACCCAAUCUGGACAGGUAUAAAAAACACCUUCCUGCCCCCGCAACAAAGACCCAUCGAGGCCAACAACAUCCUCUUCUCACUGGGGCCAGUCAGGGGCCCAUAGAGAGCUAGAAACUACGUGCUCUCCACACCGGCGACUCCCAGCAAACUGAGAGUCAAAGGCACGGCGUCUUUUACACAGAAUGUAGCCCCCUACCUAUUUAAACCUUAGCUCAACCUUCCCCCCCUUCCAAUCCCUAGGGAAGAGGUGGCGAAGCUGGAGCCCUGAAGAUGUGUGGGACUCCAUUGCCUCUGACCACUGGUCAUGCUGGCUGGUCCCGAUGGGAAUUCUAGUCCACCCACACCUGGAGAGCCCCCCCUCUCUGCAUCCCUGCCACGGACUGCCCCGCCAGCCCCUAGAAAGAGUGAUCCGGGCUCCUGGGGUUGUUCUUUGCUGCCUACCCCCCACCCACCCAUCUUCCAGAUCGGGACUCCGGGGACGCAUCAAGUGAAAGGCCAAGGUGCGGAUUCCCCGUUUGUUGGGGGGUGGGGAAAUAAACAACUCCCCAUUCAACAGUUUCUGCUUGGUUUCAUGAACCUCGCUUAGCAUUCCGUUGCAAUCCAGAUGGCGCUUUUGUCAGCACAAUCGCUAGGCAGCACCUUGUUUGCAGCUACCUCCUGGCAAAUAGAAGGGGAAGAAAUGGAGGCAGUGAGAGAUUUUACUUUCUUGGGCUCCAUGAUCACUUCAGAUGGUGACAGCAGCCACGAAAUUAAAAGACGCCUUCUUCUUGGGAGAAAAGCAAUGACAAACCUACACAGCAUCCUAAAAAGCAGAGACAUCACCUUGCCAACAAAGGUCCGUAUAGUUAAAGCUAUGGUUUUCCCAGUAGUGUUGUAUGGAAGUGAAAGCUGGCCCAUAAAGAAGGCUGAUUGCCGAAGAAUUGAUGCUUUUGAAUUAUGGUGUUGGAGGAGACUCUUGAGAGUCCCAUGGACUGCAAGAAGAUCAAACCUAUCCAUUCUGAAGGAAAUCAGCCCUGAGUGCUCACUGGAAGGACAGAUCGUGAAGCUGAGGCUCCAGUACUUUGGCCACAUCAUGAGAAGAGAAGACUCCCUGGAAAAGACCCUGAUGUUGGGAGAGAUGGAGGGCACAAGGAGAAGGGGACGACAGAGAACGAGAUGGUUGGACAGUGUUCUCGAAGCUACAAACAUGAGUCUGACCAAACUUAGGGAGGCAGUGGAAGACAGGAAUGCCUGGCGUGCUCUGGUCCAUGGGGUCACGAAGAGUCGGACACGACUAAACGACUAAACAACAACAGCCUAGCUGUUCUGUCCGUGCGAUAUACAGGGAUGUGGGCGCGUGAUCCUUGCUAUUUAUUACAUUUCUCUAUUGCUAUCUUUGAUGCAGAUCAGGCCAGCUCGACCAACAGCGAUUCCAAAAUACUGUAUACACAAGAUACACUCAAAAAUAAGGAGGAAAACUUGGAAAAAAAGAUCUCCCCGAGGUCCUUAGGGGGGCGGGGGCUCACCUUCCGCUCCAGGGGGCACCUUGGCUCCGCCCCUCUCCCCAGGGAGGAGGACCAAUGGCUGAGCUGGGAGAUCCCGCCGACGCCCUUUCGGCGGCCUAGAAAAGGACCGCCCGCAAGUCUUGCGCCCACAUUUCAGCCGCACCACCCGAGGAGAGCAGCGGGAGAUGGCUUUCCGCGCCUUUCAGAACGACCUUCCCCUCGCUUCGCAGCAGCCACCUGCUCCUCUUCCCUCCUCUUCCUCCGGCUCCAGUAAGUAUCUCAGCUUCGAGGCCAAGAGCGGCGUCAGAUGGGGGCGGGCAGGGGGCAGCUUAGGGAAAGCGCAGCCAGCUUAACGCCCCGCUUUUCUCCUCUGCAGAGAUCAGGACGGCGCGCCGCCGUCUUCGCUCAUCGGACCGGAGGCCGAGGUUUGAGUUCUCGGACUUCCAGCUGGACGUUCUGGAAACCACGUUUAAGGUGCGACCGAAGCCUGGUCACUAUAGGAGAAUGUUGCUGGCCUGCCUCACUGACAUCCCUGAGGAUCGCAUCCAGGUGAGUUGCGGGGGAAGAGAUGGUCCGGGAGGGAGGACCCGAUUCUGCCGGGAAGAAAGGCGAGAGGGGAGGACGUCGGGUAGGGUUUGGGGGCACAGGAGGAGAACCGAUCGGGAGCUCCCUUCCAGCUCUGCCUCUUGCAGCUCCUCGAGCCUGGGCGCCUUUCUUGGGACGCCCGUCCCCUGUGCUCGACGGGCAAGGGAAGCUCCCCCGGGGACCUUCCUUGGCCAAGGCGAGCAGGGCUGGAGAGCUUCCCGGGGGGCGCUGCUUCUCCCUCCCAGGGCGGCUGCUCCUCUCCUCCGGCCUCGCCUUCUCACUUCCCUCGUGGCGCUCGCUCUCCUUCCGCGAUCGGCCCCCACCCAGACCUGGUGUCGCCGACGGGGCCUUCUGGGAGCCCCGUGGGUCCUUCCCGCUCCCUCCCGGCUGGGUCUCGGGGGUCCUCUUCCGGGCUGGGGACCAGCGGCCUCCUUCGGGGGAAUGAAUGAGGGCCCCCUCGGCAUUUUGUUCGAGGGGAGGGAAACCGCCCAGGAGAAACAAAUAUGGCGGGAGGGAGGCCUCUUCCUCUCCUCUAAGGGCGUGGAGAUGGCGCAGGGAAGGCUGCAGGGCCCUUUUCUGGGAGGCCCGAGGAGACCCCCUCACGGAGCCACCUUCGAGGUCUUUAACUUGCUUGCGUGGGGGGCUGAUGAAUUUCAAUUCAGGUUUUUUCCCGUUGCAUGGGGAAUUGGGCCAGUUUAGGAGGGAACAUAGGGGAAAGGAUAAAAGGCCCAGGGAUAUUAUUGUGAUUGAAUUCAGUGUGUGGGACUUGAGACUGGAUCCCCCAUGAUCUGGCCCCUUCUGGUGGGAAUCCCGAGUCCAAUAACAUGAAGAGAUGGGGGCGGGGGUUUCUUGAGAACACCUGUGCUCAUGUUCCUCCUCUUAUCCCUCACAGCUCUGGUUCCGGAACCGGCGGGCAAAGGCGCGGAGGGCAAAUUGUGAAAAUUGUCCUCCAGAAGAUGUGUCCUCCAGGGCCGGCUUUACACCUGCUGCUCAGGUUCCAAAUGUCGGCCUGCCAGUGCCUUCCAUUCCUCAAAGCUGCAGCCUGCCACUGCACCAGGUCCAGCUUCCAAGCUUUGGCCUGCAGCCACUUCACCAGGUCCAGCCUCCAAGCUUUGGCCUGCAGCCACCGCACCAGGUCCAGCCUCCAAGCUUUGGCCUGCAGCCACCGCACCAGGUCCAGCCUCCAAGCUUUGGCCUGCAGCCACUGCGCCAGGUCCAGCUUCCAAGCUUUGGCCUGCAGCCACUUCACCAGGUCCAGCCUCCAAGCUUUGGCCUGCAGCCACUUCACCAGGUCCAGCCUCCAAGCUUUGGCCUGCAGCCACCUCACCAGGUCCAGCCUCCAAGCUUUGGCCUGCAGCCACUUCACCAGGUCCAGCCUCCAAGCUUUGGCCUGCAGCCACUUCACCAGGUCCAGCCUCCAAGCUUUGGCCUGCAGCCACCGCGCCAGGUCCAGCCUCCAAGCUUUGGCCUGCAGCCACCUCACCAGGUCCAAGCAUGGAAUCAGCACCCCCAAAUGCUGGAUCAAAAUAAAUUUUGUUAUUUUUAGCCUACCAGAAGACUCUGUAAUGUUCUGUCUCCUCCAGGGCCGGCUUUAUACCUGCUGCUCAGGUUCCAAAUGUCAGCCUACCAUUGCCUUUCCUUCCUCAAAGCUGCAGCCUACCACCUCCUUGCCAAAUCUCAGCAUAGAGCCUGUCAGCCCCCCAAAUCCCAAAUCAAAAUAA